ACAAACCCCACUGAUGAGUGGUGAGUUUGCGGUGACGCCACGCUGUAUGUCUGCGUUGCGUUGCGUGUCGUUUAUCGCCUACUCUUGUCGUUUACAAAUUCACAAUUGGCCUGUUCCCACCCACGAAUCCAUUGCCCAUUCCGAUUUCUGAGUUCUGAGAGACUCAAAAGUUCAGAGUGGUAUGGGCAGUGUUGUGAUUUGGUCCAGAAGAUAACAACACGACACUACACUCGUGCCGUUUUCCUUGCCUUCAAACAAGGAUUGGAUUAUAUUAUUUAUCUUGCAUCAUACAUAUGGCAACCGCUCCCUUCAUUCACGCGCGCUGUGCUUACUCGCCUAGAAUUUCCAAUCGCAACAACAAGCCUAGUUCGCAACAAGGCCCCUUGGCUUCUUCGUCUUCUCAUGCUUCCUCCUCCUCUUCACCCUCCAGUUCUAGCUUCUCUCACCCUUCUGGUACAAACAGUGGACAAAGACACCAGGGCCUUAGAGCUCAAGCUAUGAGUACUGUCACACUUGGAAAUUCUAUUGCUAGCAUAGGGAAUUUGAAGAACGAUCCUGAUCAUCUCCUUGUUCUUGUUCAUGGUAUCUUGGCUAGCACAGCAGACUGGACUUAUGCGGAAGCAGAGUUGAAAAGGCGCCUUGGAAAAAACUUUUUAAUUUAUGUAAGUUCAUCAAAUACUUACACUAAGACAUUUACUGGGAUUGAUGGAGCUGGAAAGCGAUUAGCUGAUGAAGUCUUGCAAGUUGUUAAAAAGACAAAGAGCCUGAAAAGAAUCUCCUUUCUAGCCCAUUCUCUGGGAGGCUUGUUUGCUAGAUAUGCAAUUGCUGUUCUUUAUUCACCUGAUACUUAUAGUAGGGACCAACCAGGUGAUCUAGCAAACAGCAUGACAGAAAAUUCCCAGGGAACAACCCUUUCAAGAGGAGGGAUGAUUGCUGGGUUAGAGCCAAUCAAUUUUAUAACUUUAGCAACACCACAUCUUGGCGUGAGAGGAAAGAAGCAGCUUCCAUUUCUGUUGGGUGUCCCAAUCCUAGAAAAGCUUGCUGCACCUAUAGCUCCUUUUUUUGUUGGUCAGACAGGUAGUCAGUUGUUCCUUACUGAUGGUAAACCUGACAAACCUCCUCUCCUAUUGAGAAUGGCUUCUGAUUCUGAUGAUGGAAAGUUUUUAUCUGCACUUGGAGCAUUUAGAUGUCGUAUCAUUUAUGCUAAUGUUUCAUAUGAUCAUAUGGUUGGGUGGCGCACAUCCUCUAUAAGGAGGGAAACUGAGCUCAGUAAGAAGCCUCCUCGCCAAUCUUUAGAUGGAUACAAGCACGUGGUUGAUGUGGAAUACUGUCCCCCAGUUCCUUCUGAUGGCCCUAAAUUUCCUCCAAAAGCAGUAAAAGCAAAAGAGGCAGCACAAAAUGCGCCCAAUACACAGAAUACUGUGGAAUAUCAUGAAAUUGUAGAAGAUGAGAUGAUUCGAGGAUUACAGCAGUUGGGAUGGAAAAAAGUUGAUGUCAGCUUUCACUCAGCAUUCUGGCCUUUCUUUGCUCAUAACAACAUUCAUGUGAAAAAUGAAUGGUUUCACAAUGCUGGUGUAGGAGUUAUUGCUCAUGUGGCCGAAAGCUUAAGACAGCUAGAAGCAUCAUCAUUUUUGUCUGCUAGCUUGUAACUAGUGUACUAGUAUGUGAUUCCACUUUGCCGGGAACAUGCCUAAUGUUGUCUUUGGUUCAGAGAAUAAAAAUAGAGAUGUAAAUUGAAGAGAAUUUUUUAUUAUUAAAAUAAGGUGUAAAAGGUAUGGGUCCACAUGAGACCCACCAAAUUUCUUUCUUAUUUCUCUCCUAGCUUCCUAAACUAAACACCGCCUAACUUAUACAAUGCAAGAUGAGAAAACAUUUUUUUUUAUUAUAGUAGUCAUUAAUAUACUUACAAUAUUUUAUUAUUAA